AUGAAGUUCGCUGUUGCAAUAAUCAGUGCUACGCUUCUUUCCAGAUCUAUCAUCGCCUCUCCACUCACUCAUCGCCGACAGGUAGAAAGUGAAAUGCAUCGAUAUACCCAAGCUCCGCGCCGCACAACCCGGCCUCAUAGUCCAGGCACCUCGGAAGUAUUCUAUCUGAAUCAAACGGCUCAGGAGACUUACAGCUCAAACUGGGCUGGGGCUGUGCUUAUUGGUGCAGGAUACACUUCAGUAUCCGGAGAGAUGGUUGUUCCUAUACCCCGACUCCCGAAUGAUGCAAAUUCUUAUACGAAUUACUGCGCCUCCGCAUGGGUUGGCAUUGACGGUGAUACUUGCAGUAGGGCCAUUCUACAAACAGGAAUCGAUUUCUGUAUUCAAGGAGGCUCUACAUCAUAUAGCGCGUGGUACGAAUGGUAUCCAGACUUUUCCCAUGACUUUAGCAAUAUCCAAAUCUCGGCUGGGAAUGUGAUCAGAAUGAUAGUCAAUGCAACUUCGAAAAGUUCUGGCUCUGCUACUAUUGAGAAUCUAUCGACUGGCGCAUCUAUCACGCAUGCAUUCCGUAAAGGCCUUGGGGGUGACCUAUGUGAGUUCAAUGCCGAAUGGAUUGUGGAGGACUUUUCUGUAAACAAUGCAUUGGCUCCUUUUGCCAACUUUGGCAACGUGGUAUUCUCCAAUGCAGUUGCCUCGCGCAAUGGGAACACUUACGGACCAUCGGGCGCAAUUAUAAUGGACAUCUAUCAAGAUCGGAUUUUCACGUCUUCUUCUGUCACUGAAAACACUGUCACUGUCAGUUACAUUUAG